UGUGUACUCGAUUUUUAUUUGAUAUUGUGUUUUGGUCUUGAGGCUACUUCGAGUUCGAGUUCUCUCUAUAUCACCUCCAAAAACUGAAAGAAAUGGCUGUUAACGGAAAUGAUGCAGUUCAAAAGAUGAGGGAUACUUUGUUGAAAAGAGGAGCUUCUACAAUCAAGUCGUUGGGAAGGACUUUCCGAAUCAUGGAUGAUGAUGGCAACAGAUCAAUUUCCCUAGAGGAAUUCAAGAAGGGUUUUACUGAUUAUCAGUGUGGGUUGUCAGAUGAAGAGUACAAAGCAAUCUUUCAAAUGUUUGACAAGGAUGGGAGUGGCUCUCUUAGCUUCGAUGAAUUUCUCGUACAUCUGAGACCACCCAUGAAUCAAAGUCGGGUAAAUAUUGUUGAAAAAGCAUUCAAGAAAGCGGACAAGACUGGUGACGGGGUUCUAACAGUGGCCGAUCUAAAGGGUGUAUACAAUGUUAAAGAGCAUCCCAAGUAUAAGAAUGGAGAAUGGACUGAGCAACAAUGCUUUGAAUCAUUUCUGAAAACGUUUGAUGAGGCAGAUGAUCCAAAUGUAAAGGUGACUAUGGAAGAAUUUCUCAAUUACUACAGUGCUGUGAGUGCAAGCAUUGAUAAUGAUGGCUACUUUGACUUGAUGAUGAGAAAUGCAUGGAAAAUGUAGAGCUUCAGGUCAAAGGUCAGCCAGCAUCAUACUUAUCAAGAUUCCAUGACUACUCCCAAGAUAUCACCAGCGGAUCAGCCAAGCCAGUAUAUGCAGUGAUCAUCGACAAGUCUCACCGUCAUAGACUUCAUCCAGCCAAUAAUUUUUUUUCAUUCUAGAAACAAAUAUUUUGCAAUUAUAUUUUAUAGUUUAAAGUAAAGUAUGGUUCCGUUCAAGUGAUUUUUCAUUAGGUCAUUUGGGUGUAAAAAGAUUGUAACAUGAUCGCUGAGAAAGGUGCAUUUUGAAAGGUAUUUCUCUACAGCCAUUGAAGUGAAUAUUAUCUGAACACAACAUAGAUCUCAAAUAUACAUGUAUCUACAUGUACAUGUAUGACAGGCUUUUCUGAGGUUUGCGCUUAAUUGCAGUACUCAAACCCGGCCUUUACUUCUUUGGUCAAACUAGUGAAACCACAGGUAUACAUUACCAUGUGGCACUAAGGAAGAUUCGGUUUAAAACAGAUUCAACAAUUUUGGCAGUAUGAGGAAAGAUGUUUAAUAUUUGAUUUGUGAUUUUUUAAGCUUAGGAAGGAUGCAUCCUUAAUGACAUUCCGCUGGUGGUGUAUUGAUAUGAUUAUGAGUAUGAUAUUGGUGAUGCUUAAUAUCGUAAAAACACACAAAAUUGAACUAAGUGAUAUUCCUUAUCUUUUCACUGAAUUAGUGAUAUACAGUGUAUUGUAGUUAAAAGUUUGUUUGGUGUGUGAAGUGGAGGGUAUGUAAUGUUUCAUGGUAUAAAGGUUCUUCUAUCAAGGCGAUUUGCUACCUUGGAUGCACUUGUAGUUCAAAACUAUUGAAUGUUAUGUAAUAUGUAACCUCCAUGGGGGACAGUGGUCCAUUUUGCAUUGGAAAGUUAAUUCAUUAGAACUAUUGUAGUAUCAAAAUGAAGAGUUUACGACACCCCUUCAGACUGGGAAUUUAAUACAGGUUUUUAUUCAUGGAUUGGUGUAAUUCCAUCUUUCACACUGAAAAAAGUCUACCCAGAUCACUUCAUGGGUGGAUAUAAUGUACCCUUUCACAUUUUAAAGUUAAGUCCAGUUCACCCCAUAAUUAUUUUAGUCCAACUAUACCUAAUAUGUGAAAUAUGAAGGUAAUUGAAGGUCAAUGAAAAAAUACCUUUGCAAUUAAUUGUUUGAUGUAGUUUUAAAACACAAUUUUCAGUUUACUAUUCUGAUCAACCAUCCAUAUUACACACACUCUUGUACCUACAUGUACAGUGUACAUGAAGCUUGAUAUAGAUAGAGUUUUGUGAGGGAAUUAAUCCCCUCAUCAAUCCUGUGGCCACACCUUCACUAAUCCCUAAGUCAGUACUUUGCAAGCAUUUUCUGACCUUUUCAUUGAAAACAAAAAAUAGUUUAAUAUACCACUUGACCGCUAUUUAUGACCAUUGAAGCAUUAUCCUUCAAUACACUAGAAAACAAAAGCUAGCUUGGCACACCCUUAAUACUUACUGGUCAUGGAGUUUGAUGGGUCAAUACAUAUUGAUUUUAAAGUGCAUUUUCAAUCAUGAAAGGGACUUCCUGCCAGUAGAAUAAUCAAUUGCCAUUUUGUUUCGGGAUUAACCCCAUAAUCCCCAAAUUUGAAGCAAGCUAGAUGACUCCUCUGUAAAAGACUAUUGGAAUUCCACAUUCAAAUUGUCUAUGGGCUAUUUCAUAGGAUUAAAUCCUUCACUGAUUGAGGAUUCUGGGGUUCAAACGCAUGACUGAUCACAUGACUGCAUGGUUUUCACAAUUGGUAGUAUGCAACACAAAGCUUUUUGUUAUUUGUAGGAACCUCUACAGAUUAAUCUUUGUUGGUGAUCUGAGGGUAGGAGGUGAUUUAACAAGCUGGAGGUAAAAUAUGGGCCCUGUUUCAUGAAAGACCUAUGUAGUAACUUUGCCAUUAUGGUAACUGCCAUGGAAAUCUUCAAUUUGAUUGGCUGUUAUGGCUUGUUACCAUGGUAGUUGCCAUAAUGGUAAGUUAUUUGUGAAACAUACCCCUGCCUUUAAAGUGAAUGUUGCUCUCACGGAUCUGGCUUGUUGAGUAGCAAGUGGAUGUUCCAUAUUAAAAGCCGUUCAUAAGUUAUGACGACUUUUUGUACGACUGUUGACCCUCUCUUAGGAACUAAAUAACACCUUUUCAAAAAUUUGGUGUAUUUCAUUAAUACCACAAAGAAAUGGUUACCAGUCGUUUGUAAAGUUGCUUGUGACUUCCAAACAGCCUAAUGAAACACCCACCUGGUAUCAUAACUCAUUCCACUUGUUAUUUCAUGAUCACUAUUUGGUGUCUUGUUCAAACUGUAUGGUGUAUUGUAACACCAUUAGGGUACAGUAUGUUCCUCUCAGAACACCUUAUUUUUAUUUUAACACUUGUGUUAUUUUAACACUCGUGUUAUUUUAACACUUAAGUCUAUACACUCUACUGUUCAAUGCGUUGAAAUAAACAAAAUAUUUCAUAAUUGGGCAUUGUCACUCAUGGAGGUUACUGAUGUGUGUUGUAUAAAUAUUUUACCGUUAUAUGCAGUUUGAUUCAUAGAUUACUAUGGUUUAAGCAUGGAGCAGCUCCAUGGUGUACCGUAAUUAGUAAAAGAAACAGUGUAAAACAUGUACUACUAUAUGCAUGUGUUUGGCACAUGAUGUAUAAUUUGGAUACUGUGUUCACAAGUUUUGUAUGUUAGCUACAUGUAUCAACUGAUCAAUUGAUUAAGCACGGAGAAUUAAAGAUCCAUUAUAUAACACAAAGGGAUCAUUAUGGUGAGCAAAUUGAUAUUAAAAAUAAUUAUACAUAAAGUCUGAUUUGCACUCUCCUAUUUGCCACAUUAAGAUGUAAGAAUAUUGCAUCUUAUCAUUGGUGCUUCUAGUACUUUAACUUUAAUAAUGUCGAGUCCUAUGCGCAAGAUAACUUGGGAUCAUAAUGUCAAUGAGAAAUAUGUAAUGCUAAAAAUUAAAUCAUAUUUAAUUACAUGUAAGUUUGUUAAGGAAUUUCUCAUACUUGACAUUGUGAAUAACACUGGAGAGUAAAGUCUUGCCCUAAUUCUUGUUUGCCAGUGAAUUUAUGACCGACAUGUAUCAGAGGCAAGGGUAACAGGAAUGAACAAACCAGAGAGUUUUCAUAUAGCUAUUGUAAGCGCUGUACCCAUGGCUGGAACAUAUUCAUGGAUGCUAAUUGCAAUGUUGAAUCAUUUUGAUCUCAUCAACUUGGGUUAAAACAUGUCCGGAGACAGUUAAAACAGGUCAAACUCGACAAAUUAUUUAACUGUACAUAACCAGCUUCCAGUGUAGUUUGGUUUUGAUAAAGAUAAAUUACUUGGGUAUGUCACUAUGGAUUCAUGAAGAAGUUCAUCCCGUCAUCAAGUUGGUCUUGAUGAAAAGCAGAAAAAUUGAGAGAAACACAUUAAUGAAGUUUGAAAAAAAUAACACAUUGACAUUGUGGAUUUCCAUAGAGUUAUGAUUGUUUGGAUCAAUUGUAACUCUUUGUAAGACGGGGCCUUGAUGUCACACUACUGUAUAUUGCAGUUUUUAUUUCUUGAUUAUUUUAUUCCUUGAUCGAUGCCUGACAAAACUUCAUUACUAUGAUUCUAUUAUUUUCUCUUUUCCUCAAAGCCAACGUGAUGUCCAUUCAAACGUCCCCUUUUGUACAUUGUGAGUAUAAGUUUUGUUAUAAAUCUUUAAAGUAAAUGUUUAUUUUAUUCAUUAAAUUUGUUCUUUUUGAGAGCCAUGGUGAUGGGCAUGGUUAAUUUCAGAGUAUACAAAUGGAAUGAAGUACUAUUGUGGUUCGAUAUUUGUAUAUCUCUUGUAGCCAUCUCUUCAUUUUUGGACAGGGGACCAAAUGUUUAACAGGGUACACUGUACAUUUUGAUAAUGUGUGGACAUUUGAUACCAUUGAUGAACACAUUCCUGAUGACAAAGUUUGAUGUUCUACUUUUUCAAGCCUCAACAGGGAUGAAUUUGUUAGUCUAAAGGCUAACUCCUUUAUCACUGGUUUUUCUUCGCUUUAGCAGUAAGGUAAUUUUAUACAAUUUGUGCUUCCUGCUUUACAGCCAGCGGCAGACGGAACCCAUCAUUCAUCAUUAUUUGGGCAUUGUUAGGGUGACCCACCCCUUUUUACAGUAUAUAGCUGUAGCAAAUGCAAUUUGCCAUCAUUGCAAAGGUACAUUUACUGAGGGUGCUUUAUCAAAGUGAUAGUCUUCGGUUUUUGUUGUCGCUAUGUCGGUAUCUGCUUGUUAGAAUCUUCCACCACCCAAAGAUGAAAUAGCUGGUAAUGGGAAUUUUGAACUCAGUAGAUUAGGGGUCAUGUAGAUCAGCGCUUCUCAAUCAGUGGGCCGCAAAGCUCUCUCAGGUUGGACACGAGAAGCUCCAG